AUGGCUCCUUUACUAGGUCAUGAUGAGUCCUCCCUGUCCACAGGGCUGGGAUCUCGCAAAAACAUCCUCUAUGUUGAUGCCUAUGACUCGUUUUCUUACAAUGUUGUGGCCAUGCUGGAAGAAGUGUUGAGCGUGAAGGUGACGGUCAUGAUGAUUGACUCGCAAUGGCCCGAUGGGAACAUGGCCGAAUAUCUCCAACGCUUCGAAGCGGUGGUCCUGGGUCCAGGACCCGGUGAUCCAAACGUCCCGGCAGACAUCGGGAUCAUGAAUGAUAUAUGGAACUUGCGCGACGCUGACAUCCUACCCGUCCUAGGCAUUUGCCUUGGAUUUCAAAGCCUCUGUCUUCAUCAUGGUCUCUCUAUCGGCCGGUUGCCGUAUCCACUCCACGGUCAGGUCCGUCAGAUUGCCACGACGCAGGAGGAUAUCUUCACGGAUUGCCAGGAUGUGGAGGUCACUCUGUAUCAUUCGUUGUACGCGAAAUGGGACGGCUCGCCCUCGAACGACGGCAUCGAAGAAAAGAAGCCUAGCUCCGCCGACUUGAAAUUCUUAGCAUGGCUGUUUGUUGAGGGAGACGACUCUCGUUCAAGGACGCAAAUCCCCAUGGCUACGCGCCAUAAGAGCAAGCCGUUCUGGGGAGUGCAAUUCCAUCCGGAAUCAUGCAAGUCAGAUCGCCAAGUCUGCAGCAGGCUUCUGAAGAGAUGGUGGGAGAUGGCUCUCAGCCACAACAAACAGAAUGGACGCAGGGUUUACGGGACUCUUUCGGGUAAUAUUGUUCAGCCGUCGAGUGGAAUCGCCUCCCUUCCAGAUAUUGCUUCUACGAUGCUGAACUGGAGUGCGUCCACCUCUGAACAUGCUGCCUUUCGCACCCUUCCGGCUGGAAAAUUGGAUGCAGAGAUGAUUUGCGAGAAAUUAAAUGCGCCAGAUUCGCCAACGGUCUUAUUCCAGUCUAACGAUAGAUUCAGUGUCAUUUCGGUACCGAGCCCGUCUAGCUGGAGGCUAGAGUUUUAUACCCAAACCGAGAAGUUGAUGUUGGAACAGCUGCCGGAUCCCUCUUGCCCUCGUCGUUCCUCAGAACAGAAAGGGGCAGUGGUGGAAAGGAAGCUGCCCGUCACUCAGCUGUGGGAUCUCCUCAGAUAUUUGAUGGAGAUGAAAAAGGUUCGGUUGGGUGAUCGGACGGUUCCAUUUUGGGGAGGUUUCCUGGGUUAUUUUUCGUACGAACUUGGGCUUGCUUGUCUCGCUCGACCGAAGAAUCACGAUUUAGAAAGAGAUCACACAGGGCAAACCGACUUCUCAGGUGAAGACCCUGCGGAUGUCAGCCUACUAUGGACGGAAAGAAGCAUUGUUUUUGAUAAGGAGACGAGUCAGAUCACUAUACAAUCGACACGAAAAGAUGACGAGGUCCCCACAGGUUGGCUCGACGAAACCCUGCAAAUGCUGAGGGAUAGUUCUCCGGUGGAAACAUCUGCGACAUCCGCCGCCGUCACUGAUGAGUCGGAGUUUCUGGACUCCAUUCUCCGGCAGGCUGUGAUUCAGUAUCCGAACCAACACAUUUAUCAAGACAAAGUCGAUGCUUGCAAGGCCGAGCUGGAGGCUGGCGAGUCAUACGAAUUAUGUCUGAGCUGCGAAACAUCCGUCAAGCUGCCUGCCCUCUCCACUGAGAGUGGCCGUGCGGUAUUCCCGUGGAAACUGUACAAGCGACUGCGGCGGUACAAUCCCGCAGCAUUCAGCGGUUAUGCAAGACUGGGUAGAGCCAGAAUCGUGAGCAGCAGCCCCGAAUGUUUCCUCAAUUGGGAUCGAACAUCCACACUCGAAAUGAAGCCCAUGAAAGGCACUGUCCGAAAGUCCGAAGAGAUGACGUUGGAGAAGGCCAAAGAGAUCCUCGGAUCGACCAAGGAGAUGGCGGAGAACUUGAUGAUUGCAGACCUGAUCCGCCAUGACCUUUACGGUAUCUGCGGCUCCGGAGGUGUUCGUGUGGAAAAGCUCCUCGAAGUGGAAGAUCACGGACGGGUCUAUCAAAUGAUUACACACGUCAAAGGAACCGUCGACCCCAGCCGGCCGGGGUUCACCGUGCGCGACAAGCCACAGAUCCAGUCUUCGAACAUGUCCGUUCACGGGCUUACCACCUUGCAGAGAUGUCUUCCUCCCGGCUCCAUGACGGGGGCCCCCAAGGAACGAUCAUGCAUGCACCUCUCUUCAAUCGAAAACCGCAAGCGGGGCAUCUACUCUGGGGUCAUGGGCUUCCUUGACCUGGGAGGCGGAGGCAGCUUUUCGGUCCUCAUCCGCACCGCCUUCACCUGUGCUGAUGACCAGAGCGACGAGCAGCGGUGGCGGAUUGGCGCCGGUGGCGCCGUGACUGUCCUGAGUAGCGCGCAGGGCGAGUGGGACGAAAUGCUGACCAAACUUCGAACGGUCUGUGGCAUCUUCGCGCCCUUGCAUCCGUCACAUCUCCCACUCCGGACGCAGGCUGCUCCUAUGGCGGGGAAUCAUGAUGCCUCCAUGGAGGAGAUCCUCUGGCGAUCGCCGCCGCAUGUCCAGAUGAUGGGGGGUUAUCUCCACUCGAAUAACAUUCUCUUCUACUUUGCCGAAUCGCCGUUCUUCGAUCCCACCUCCAACAAUGCGUCCCUGGCUAUCCAGGCGAAUUACAACGAAGCCUUGCGCCAUUUUGUGGAAACUCGGGAUGCAUUUGAAGCGCGGUUGAAAACCAUGCAGGGCUUGGAAUUCGUCGUCGCCUAUGACCCGUUGCAAGCGGCAGCACAGUCUGACACUCAGUUCGCCCACGAGCCGUCCAACGUUUGGGUGAUUCGGAAACAAACGAGGCAAAAGCGUGCCGGUCUCGAGGACGACGUUGUUAUCCUCUCGACCUACUUUGUGAUGGGUGACUGUAUCUACAUGGCUCCAUCGGUGGCCAGCGUUGUGGGAAAUCGCAUUCUAUCCUCCGUCACCUCUCUCACGAGUCUCCUCAAGACUGCAUCCACACUACCAACGUUCACGCCGUCUCACGGACACACUUACCUUCCGCCCGUACCCAAGUCUACCGACCCUGGAGUGCCUUCUCAACAAAGCAAAGAGAACACGCCUCUGCCCGAGGCCGAUCCUAACAAGAACCCGCUUGUGGGCGGCCAAGCCAGCAAUGCCAGCUCGGGGCUCCAAGACACGAUCACCCUGGCAGAGUCGUUCGCUCUCCUCUCCCAGUUCGGAGACGAGUUCAUGGAUGAGAGUCCCUUGGUUGGAGAACCGGGGUCGUUCAUCCUGUCCAAAUCCGGGGAUGCCGACCGACUCGGGGCGCCCAAGCCCUCGUCGAACAUCAGCCGUCCAAGUAGUGUACCAGGAAGAGCUGUGACGCCACAAGUCAAGGUGGACACGCCGGGGAAACUCCCAGACAAGGCCACCAUGGGGGCGACUGGCUCGGAGGAGAGUGGUAAAUUGCGCAAAAAGAAGACCAAAGCUGGCAGCUGA